AUGGAGAACGACGCGCUGAGCUACGACGGGCAGACGGCGUUCGAGGCCGCGGCGAAUGGCGACUUCCCGCUGGUGGUGCUGCUGUGGGGGAUGGCGAUGGCCGCGCAGCCGCAGCCGGUGGACCUGUUGCUGCCCGCGAAGGACAAGAGCGGCAACUCGCUCGUGCACUGCGCGGCGGCCAGCGGCCACGAUACGACCGACACAAUGCACUUUCUGAUGCAGCAGAUGGCCGCCAUCGGUCGCGAAGAGGCGCUCGUGGACGCGAAGAACAGUGCGGGAGAGACGCCGCUCAUACGAGCAGCGCAUGCUGGAAACUUGCGGAUCGUGGACACGCUGCUGCAGUCGAGACACGUGGAUCUGUUGGCUCGAGACGCGCGGGGGAACACUGCUGCCCACCACGCUGCAGCUCGAGGCCAUCUCUGGGUGCUGCACUUUUUGUUGGAAACCGAGCAACAGCGCAAGGAUGGUUCGUUCCCAACGCAAGACGAACGGCAGGAGAAAGGCACGAUGACACGUCUGGGUGGAUACUCGUUGCAAUAUCGAAACGUGCUGCACUAUGCCUGCAUGAGUGAGUACAAACCCAUGGUGCAGUACUUGCUGACGAGAGGUUUCGACGUUGAAGAAGUUGAUGCAGAAGGCAAGAAGUGUCUCGAUGUGGCCAAGCAGCGCGAUUUGGUGUGGUUAGAGGACAUACUGGCGGUCAAGGCGAGCGCAACCGAUCCGCCUACACAUAUGCGGAAGACGCGUGGAAUUGUGGCAGUGUUGCAUGGGGCACUACUGUUUGCAGUUCUGGCGACGAGUUACUGGCUCGUAUGGUGGCUCGCGGCACCGUUGAUUUUCAUUGGCUCAUGUGCUUCGUUAGCUGCAUUUCGCCCAAGCGGCCAUAGCCAUGGAGGACAUUCUCAUGGUGGACAUGCCCAUGGCGUAGCAUCCACGACUUCCACUGACACGCAUGCGUCCGAGCAAAAUGUUGUCAUGACCAUGGACGUGUCGCUAAAGCGGAUCGAAGAAGGUCCAAUGUAUGCAGUGUCUAGGAGGGGCUCGAAGGACAAGACAAAAGUGACGCUCCGCACGCUGACGCGGGCACAACCUGAGUCGGCCAUGGGUAUUUGGAUGGCAUGGGUCAGUUUGUUCACGCUGAUGUAUAUCGUUCUGUGGGUCGACCCGACGUACGAGGACUUCAUGAACAGCCAUGUACCAUUUCUAGGCGUUACUGGAGCAAUGGAGGUGGUUUUUCUCGUGGUGUGGGCAAAAGUGGCAUUUCUGUGCCCGAUUGACCCAGGUAGAAUCGCUACAUACGAGCACGACGUGAGGGCAAUGCUGGACAUGGCUUCGCAAGCUGAGACACCCGACGCGGACAAGUUUUGCCGCACUUGCCUUGUGGCGAAGCCCAUUCGAUCGAAGCACUGCGCUCAAUGCGGCAUUUGCAUCGCUCGGCAUGAUCAUCACUGCACCUGGCUGAACCGGUGCGUCGGAUACGGCAAUCACCGCUCGUUCAUUGCAUUUUUGCUCUUGCAUUGCAUCAUGCUGGGCAUCUACGUUGUGCUGGCGAUCCUGGUUCUCUCCGGUGAGACGCACAAUCUUCACGCAAAGCGAGAGGGGGCUGACAGAAGUAGCAGAUAUGACGUCUUAUCUGCCAUGGACGUCUGGGUGGAGAUUCCGUCGCUCGUGAGCAAGCAUCUGCUGGUAGUUUUGGUCUUGAUGUGGUCUUGCAUGGCCUUUGCGGCUCUCGCUGUAAUGACAGCUCAGCAACUAAACAAUAUUGGGGAGAAUAUUACCAUCAACGAGCGGGUCAACUGGCGGCGAUAUGCAUACAUGAUGCAGGGAUCAGCCGGUGCCCCGCAGCAUAGCGAGCACAGCAAGCCAACUACAAAUGGAAGGAUGUCGAAUCCAUUUGAUCGAGGACUCAAGACGAACAUCAUGGAGUUCUUUCUCCACGCAAGUGGUUCAGCAGUCAACUAUCACAAGGUUUUCAGGCCUCCUGGUCGAGACUAUGACAUCACGAGUCCUUCUCGAAUGAUCGCGAGCUGUGACGAACGACUUAGCGUGUACAUGUGCUGCCAAAGCAGCUCUUCCCGCGAGAUCGCGCGGCGCUUUGCGGGUCUAUUAUGCCGCAAGACGAAACCGAAGAACUUCCCAAAGCGACUGAUCUUAGUGCGGCAUGGCGAGUCCGAGGGCAAUAUCGACCCGUCGCUGUACGGACACGUGCCGGACAACGCCAUGCACUUGACUGCGCUCGGCUAUGAACAGGCCGUGGCAGCUGGUCACUCAAUCCGGAAAAUUGUCGGGCACGAGACGAUGAGGUUUAUUGUGUCGCCGUACGUGCGCACAAUCGAGACGUUUGGCGGCAUCCUCAAGGCUCUAGACUUUCAAGGCCAGUUCGUGCCAUGGACCGAAGAGCCGCGGAUCCGAGAACAGGACUUUGGCAAUUUCCAGGAACCGGUGAAGAUUCGCGAGUGCAAGGCCCAGCGCCGACGAUUUGGGUCGUUUUUCUACCGGUUUCCAAGCGGAGAGUCGCCUGCCGACGUGUACGACCGCGUGUCGUCGUUCCUCGAGUCGCUCUACCGCAUGUUUGAAAAGUCAUCCGAGGAGAACUACGUGCUCGUGACGCACGGCGUGGCGAUCCGCGUGAUCCUCACGCGCUACUUCAAGUACCGCAUCAGCGAGUUUGAGCUGCUCGAGAACUUCCACAAUGGCGAGUGUGUCGUGCUCGAGUUCGACGAGCGUCAGGGCAAGCUCGUGCUCAAGACCAUCGUGUCGAAUGACGUGCACCUUUUUCCGGACGGCAGUGUGGCGGUGCAAACAAGCGAGACCACACAGCUGCGGACCCGCUCGAGCGACACGCUGUCGAACCUGUCUGGACUGAGUUCAACGUCACCGACCGGUCACGAGCGAUACCCGCCACCGCCAAUGGCAAGCACGCUGUCAUUUUUACAGCACAGCACGUCGCCUCCGCUGUCAAUUACGUCCAAGUGUGUCGAUGCCUCGUCGCUCGCCAAGUCGCGCCUGACAACUACUGAAGUGCCACCACAAUAA